AAUAUAUCCUCUUGGUCCCUAUCCUUCACAAAUUCUCUCUCUAGGUCACAGUUCACACACACACUUUAAUAUUAUUUUGCCCCAAAUCAAUCGGAACAAACAACAAUGGCGUCGCAUCCCAAAGUUUUCUUCGACAUGACCAUCGGCGGUGCACCGGCGGGAAAGAUCGUGAUGGAGCUUUACACCGACAAGACCCCGAAGACCGCUGAAAAUUUCAGAGCCCUCUGCACCGGAGAGAAAGGCGUCGGACGUAGCGGCAAGCCACUGCACUUCAAAGGCUCUGCGUUCCACCGCGUGAUCCCUAAUUUCAUGUGCCAAGGAGGGGAUUUCACCGCCGGGAACGGUACGGGCGGCGAAUCGAUCUACGGAUCCAAGUUUGCGGAUGAGAAUUUCGAGAGGAAGCACACGGGACCUGGGAUUCUGUCGAUGGCGAACGCCGGAGCCAACACCAACGGAUCUCAGUUCUUCAUCUGUACGGUGAAGACUGAUUGGCUCGAUGGGAAGCAUGUGGUGUUUGGUCAGGUGAUUGAAGGCUUGGACGUUGUUAAGGCUAUUGAGAAGGUCGGAUCUUCUUCUGGAAAUGGCGGUGGUUUCAAUUAA